AUGGCAAUUGCAUUAUGGUAUUGUCCACCACAAGGAUCAGUUGCUUACGAAACAUUACAGAUGCUUAUAUUUUCGUUUCAAACACUGUUCCCGGAUUCGCCAGUGUUUGAACCUCACGUGACAGUAACGUCGCAUUUAGUGUGCAAUAGUAAAGAUGAUGUCAACAAAAUUUUAACCUCCUGUGUUGCCGCUAUUCAAUCGAUAAGGUCCCACCAAAUUGCAAAGAAAGGGCUUAAGGGUCAGGCACCCCAUGCUGUUGCAGCUCCCCUGGUAUCUUUUAAUGGAUGCAGUGUAGGUAAACAAUACUUCAAGAAAAUCGUACUUGAAUGUAACAAGAACAAAGUACUUUACGGAGUAGCACAAGUGAUGAGAGAGAUGUACGUAGAGAUCGAUCCUGAGACACGAAGUAGCCGUGCCGCCAGUUGGGUGCACGAGGAAUUCCAUCCGCACGUCUCAUUGCUUUACUCGGACAUCCACCCAGUAAGUCAGGCGUCAUUGCGAGUCGUUCAACAAAGAAUCGAAGAUGCUCUAGACGUGCAACUAGUUCCAAGAGAGAAACGUAAGGGUUCCGGAAACGCCGAUGGGUCCAACGAGAUGCAAAUGAGAUGGGAUUUUGACGUAUCUUCAUCGCUAUCUUGGAAUAUUCCGGGGACAUUCAAGGUUGUUAACUGUGUGGGGCCCGUUCAAGAAUGGGAAGUGCUGGGACGGGUGGAUGUUUAA